UAAAUACGCGGUUGAAAUUCUUCUCUGAUAAGAGGCAUGACUGUUUUAAUAGCAGGCCCAUUUAAAAUCAGUCUGUUUAAACCAGAAUGAAGAUUGUCGUAGGUCUUGCGCUAAUUAUCGUCUGCUCGGCACAGGUGCCAACACCAUGUCAAUCACCGAAGCAAUGGGUUGCAAGACGUAUUAAGAUGGACAGAUAUAAGCAAUAUUUUGAGAUUGCCGAGCAUAGCUAUGACGAGUUGAACAGACGGGCAGCAAGUAGAGAAGAGCGUGACGUUGGAAAGGAACGAGAUUACUACCUAAGAAUCCAUCUUUAUAAUGAGGGCUUGGACUACAUGUUUAAUCUGAGAACAAUGUCCUGUAAUGUUACAAGAUUGACCCGCCCAUUCCGCGUUGUUGGUGUACCACUAGACUCGAAGUUCUUGUUUGAAGGAGAGUACGGUGCAGCUGGUAUCCCCGCAGAACAUUUUGACGCAGCGACUUUUGGCGGAAAAUUUGAAGAUGGGGCGGAAUACCUGGUCACAGUGGCAGAACCAGAUUGCAUCCCCAUUCAAUUUGAUGUCCGUAGCAAUACUACCACAGAACAUUUCCAUGAAGCGUAUUACGACUUGAAAUUGGGAAUACCUGACCCAACUGUGUUCAUACCACCAAAGGAAUGCAUGAUGGUACCAAUUCCACCAAAGUAAAAAACAAACAAAAAACAUACAAUCAUGAGGCAUUUGACUUUCACCACUAGAUAUACAAUAAAAAUACUGCACUGAAAUCAAAUUGGUUUUGUGUCUUCUCAUUUUUAAAUAUGUGAAAAUUAAAUGUCUGUAAAAUGGUAAAAAUGAAAAUAAAGUGUUGCAAGUA